AUGUCUAUAUCAAACAUGGAGACGCAUUUCACCGUGGUCGAUAGUUUCGGGAAUACAGGGCAAACUCCUCUUCAGAUGUUAGUCUUCCGUGGUAUCGCACCCUCUUAUAUCCCAAUAGAGGAAGAACUUUUGCAACUUGAUGCUAACAUUUAUCAGAGUGGAAUGAUAAAGAAUUUGAAGAGACAAUAUUAUUCCCCAAAUCACACUGAGGUCCUUCCGGCUUGGGGAAAGACUACCACACUUGUUGUUGUGGGAUAA